GGCGUGUUGGGUGCCUCGCCCACCCAGAGCGGCGUGAACCUCUUCCCGACAGUUAUCUCGGACGUGCUUGCUGCCUUCAUUGGGGCGGUCAUCGUCACGCAGCUGGGCUGGUGGAACCCGUUCCUGCUGCUUGCCGAAGUCUGUGUCUGCCUUUGCGGCGGCUUUCUUACCACCAUCUGUCCUGACGUCCCAGCGGCGCACUAGGUGGGCUAUCAAAUAUUGGGCGGUGUUGGGUACUCGUUAACCUCCAACCUGUCACACCUCGCCACAUAUGCAGUCCUCGCUCCCGCAAGACCUAGUCCCGCUUGGCUCACCAACCCUACUCGCUGUCAUAUCUACCAGCUACUCCAUCUUUAUGGUAAUCGGCCAGGCGGUUUUCUAACGGCGGCUCCAGCUGAACCUCAGCGGCGUGAUACCCAACCGCUUGGUGGAAGACAUCAUCGAUUCAGGGGUAACC